UCCUCUACCUCCUCCUCCACCCUCCCUCCCUUUCCAGCAUCCUCAGCAUCCUCACAUCUCUGUGGCUCUUCCCUUAUGCAAAGCAGCAGAUAUAUCCAGAGAGACCAGGCCUUGGGAUACCCCCAGCAUGGGCCGGCAGUAAGGGCAAUGGGAGACCAAAAGACUGGCAUUGGGGGCUUAAGGCUUGCUCCCAGCCCAGAGCCAGAGAUGGAUGGCAGAAUCCAAAAGGCUGUAGAGUUCAAGGUAGAAGGAAAUCGCUAUUACAAAGACAAGAAAUUCCGAGAUGCUAUUGGCAAGUACCACCGGGCUCUGCUAGUGCUGAAGGGCGUCCAUGAAGAAGGGGAGGAUGGGAAAGCAAACGGCAGAGAAGCAGCAAGGUUGACAGAUGCUCAGAGAGUCCGGGUGGAGGCCACAGAGAUUGAGUGUUAUGACAACCUGACUGCCUGUUUACUGCAGUCAGAGCUGGUGAAUUAUGAGCGGGUGAAAGAAUAUUGCCUGAAGGUGCUGGAGAGACAGAACAGCAACUUCAAGGCCACCUACAGAGCUGGCAUCGCCUUCUACCACCUAGGGGACUAUGGCAAUGCCCUGCUCUACUUGAAGGAAGCCAGAAGGAGGGAGCCCUCAGAUACCAAUGUUCUUCGGUACAUCCAGCUGACAGAGAUGAAGGUGCAGAAAUCCAGCCAACGAGAGAGGAAAGGAUUAAAAGAAGUUAUUGGAUAACAAGCUCCUUUCCUCUCACAACCUCUAGCCCUUUAUCAGACUUAGGAUCCCAUCUAAGGAAUCGAAUGACCCGCUGAAAUGUAAAGCCAUGGCCAGCCACGCCAGCCUGUUUCAGUGUCCACCAGUGUAUGAGGAUACUGAAUAGAAUCAGGAGAAUACCACUAGCCAGAUGUCAAACCGUCAAAGUGUCUUUCUAAAAAAAAAAAAAAAUCUGUCUUAAAUCCAUAUUUCUCUUUUUGAUCACAUUGACUACCUAUAUAUAUAUAUAUAUAUAUAUAUAAUUAAUAUGAUAAUAUAAGGAUGCUACUUUAAGAUUUCUGCAACAGUUAAUGACCACAAUGAUAUUCAAUAGACUUGGCAGUUCUUCUCUGUGCAAGCAUAUAAUAGCUAUAUUAUACAUGGAUAUUCAUGUCUCUCAGGUGGUCGUUCACCUUUAGAGUAGAGUGCUACCACCAGAGCAAAUCACCCUUGGGUUUGAGGUAAUAGCACAAACCCAGGCUAUAGGUCCAAAAUUGGCAUUCCACAAAUUAUUUUCUAAUUCGUGGUAAAAGUUUUUUGGCGUUUCUGGGCCCUUUGUCAAGCCUCAGAUGGUUAUUCUUGACCAAAAUCAUCCUUACUUUUUACAGAAGAAAUGAAAGGCUGCCAAUGCGUUUGCUUUUAUGUCUUCCAUUCGUUCCUAUAAAUAGCUGCCCAAUGGUAGAAGUGCAAAUUAUGCCCCUAAAUUUAUCAGAGUGCAGAGCCAGGGAAUAAUUCUAUUUUUUGCAAUCUUUAUAUGAAUUUAAAUUGACAUAUAUAUAAUACUAAAAUAUACUAAAAUCUCUUAUCUUUUACACAGAACGGAUAUAAACACAGACUUGGUUCAGCCCCCCUUUAACAGAGAGAAAACUCAUCUUUGUACCUGCUGUCUUUAGUUUCCAGGUUCCAUUUUUUAUCCUUUCUCAAUGGUAACAAAAAUGGCAACAAUGUCUUCGUGGGACAUUUGUGAUGUCUGUUGGAUUUAAAACAGAUUUAUAGGCAAGGAUGUUAAGAUGGCAUGUUAGCAAAAUCUCAUUACAAAGCUAUUUUUGUAUUAUACAACAUGAUCAAUUUGAGCCCUGAUUGUGGCAUAGCUAAAAAAAAAUCCUCACUGGCUGAUAAGAAAAUCAAUAGAAAUGCAGGCAUUCACCAGAGAAGCAUCCCAAGAGGUUCAUGCACGAUUCAAAUGAGUUUAGUAACAUAUUUGCUCAUUAACAGCUUUGCUGCAGAGCCAGCAGUUUCUGGCAAUUAAGUGUAAGCCUUACAGAGGCAGAAGUGUGUAUCAUAGAUUUCUGGUGCAAAUUAAUACAGUGUAGAAUGUCUGACUACUAUUCCUACGUAAAUGAAAUUAAAUGUUCUGGCUAGGUGAAACAAUGCUGUGUUGGCCAAAUAAGACUGAUUUAUCAAACCACCAAAUGAAUACUGGACUUUUGUUUUGUAAAUAAAAAUGGAAAAUUUUGUUUGUGUA